UUCGAGAAAGGGGACAAGGUCACGAAAAAAGGUCUUAGUGUGGUAGCGCCAUUUUUUCCGCUUUCAGUUUAUGUCCGUUUCGCAGGGCUUCCAACAGCAAAAUGUUGGGACAGAGCAUUCGGAGAUUCACAACCUCUGUGGUCCGUAGAAGCCACUGUGAGGAAGGUCCAGGGAAGAAUUUGCCGUUUUCGGUGGAAAACAAGUGGCGGUUACUAGCUAUAAUGACUUUGUAUUUUGGAUCUGGAUUUGCUGCACCUUUCCUUAUUGUAAGACACCAACUGCUUAAAAAAUAAGGAUGUUUUAGUUAAUCCAUAAAACA